UGCCAAAGUAACUCUGUCUGUCUGAAACUUUCGACGACCGGUCUGGCCUAGUGGGUAGUGACCCUGCUUAUGAAGCCGAUGGUCCCGGGUUCGAAUCCCGGUUAGGGCAUUUAUUUGUGUGAUGAAUACAGACAUUUGUUCCUGUGAGUUAUGGGUGUUUUCUACGUGUAUUAGUUUGUAUUUAUCUAUAUACAUAAUGUAUAUCGUCGCCUAGUAUCCAUAGUACAAGCUUUGUUAGCUUGAGGUCCGGGGAAGGACAUGGUAGUGUUUAUCAAUCAUCAUCAUCAUUCUACGCAUACUAACCCCCAGGGAGCUGCCUGCUAGUAUGCGUUGCCUUGUCUGCACUGACUCUACCGACAUUCUCUGCAUUUGUAGGUUUGGUCUGGAGUACUGUGACUUGCCGACGAUGUUGUCAAACGUUGCGACUCUACUGAGGGUUAUGGCGUUGAACGUCGAUGGAAGAGGAACUCCAAUAGCAUUCGUCGUUCUGAUGAUAAUCGGUACGAUCACGUACUUCUACGUGUACGUGUUCUCCGUAGUGUGGUUCGUGUUCUGGCGCGAGACCGACGACAUCGUAGCGAUCAUGGUCAUGCUCUCAUUGAGCGUUUCCUGCAUCAUCUGUAUGGUUAAGCUCUUUUCUCUGCAUUUGAACAGAAACCGCGCAAAGAAGGCAUUUUUAUCAUACCUAGCAUUCGACAAGCGCAUAGACCGAGAGAGCCGAAUGUACCAGAAUCUUCUGAAGAACCUGCGCAUUGUGAAGCGCCGAGUUAUCUUUGUCUGGGUCAUGCUGGUCAACAACGGCCUAAUAUAUGUGUUAAUGCCACACCUGCUGCCUGGAAAGCAUUUAAUUGAAGACUUGCAAGUUGUUUAUGGACUAGAACCAAUGUUCGAAUCGCCAAACUUCGAGAUAUCUCACGUUCUAGUGGGCACGGCAGUGAUGCUGCUGGUGUACGCGGCUACGACCACCAGCUGCCUUCUCUUCGUCGUCACAGGCUACAUAGAAGCACAAAUGACAGCCCUGAGCCAUGAGUUACUCUAUCUCUGGGCCGAUGCCCAAGCAUUGACCUUCGAAGACGUUCUCAAUGAAAAGAAACUAAGAAACCAAUAUAUUAAACAACAGCUAGUAUUUAUCAUUCAAGCACACGCUGCCAACUUAUCACUAUUACAAAUAAUUAAAUGCAUUUUUAGCAACUCCAUCGCCAUUGAAUUUGGUUUACUGGCCAUAUCUCUUAUAUUUGAAUUGCUAGGUGGAUUAGAGAACACAUAUUUACAGAUACCCUUCGCUUUAACCCAGGUCUCUAUGGAUUGCUUUACAGGGCAGCGCCUCAUCGAUGCGAGUUUAACAUUUAAGGAAGCGGUGUAUUCUUGUAAGUGGGAGAAUUUUGAUGUACAGAACAUGAAAAUUGUGUUGGUUAUUCUACAGAAUUCGCAGACCAUGGUGCUUUCGGCGGGGGGCAUGGCGGAGCUCCGAUAUACUAGUCUUAUGGCAGUGUUUAAGGCUAUAUAUUCAGCAUACGCGGCGCUGCACUCCACAAUGCACGUUCAUAGACCAGGCCAUUAAAGGCUUAAUAGCAGUAUUGUAGAAGCAAGUUUACGAUAUUCAGUAAUUAAAAAAUAGAUAUAAAUGUUAGUUUUAUUCCAUAAUCUAAAAUACCUACUUAAACACACCUACACACUGUCUCGAAUAUAAGCAGUUGAGUCUUUAUUUUCUAAAUAUUUUU